CGCAACGUGCCUCUACUACACUGUAUAGUACGGGCGCGUCGCUCUGAGCCGGCGCACGCGCAUACUGAUAUCGAAACCAGUAUAAAAGACAACGCACCCUUCAAACAUACCACUCUUUCUCUAUCCGCACGGCGAAGAGACUAACCAUGGAAGAUAUCCUUAUGAAACAUGGCCAUGGCCACGAUCACGAUGACAAUGAUACCCAGGGAGUCAUUGUGGCGAAAGGAGUCUCUAUGGCGGUUCUUUUUUGUGCCUCUAUGAUCUGUGGUUGUGCACCCUUAUUGAUCGCCAAGCGGUUCCACUGGAUCACGCCAAAUGAGGCGGGGAACCUCAAGUCCUCCAACAGGGUGGUCGCCACCCUCCUUUCCUUUGGAGGCGGUGUGCUUCUGUCAACAACCUUCUUGCACCUUCUCCCUGAAGUCGACCAUAACAUUGAACAUCUCGUAGAACGUGGAACGAUGCGGGAGUUUGACUUCUCCCUUUCCUCUUUCCUGAUGUGUUGCGGUUUCUUCAUCAUGUACCUAGUGGAGGAGUUGGUCCACAUGUAUAUCCAUCACAGGGAAAAGAAGAAUGGAUCAAAAGCACCGCUAGUUCGAAAUUUAAGUGUGAGAAAAAGCCGCAACAAUAUUGAAGACAAUAAGGAGCAAGGAGUACAAAGCGUCACAAAUUCUACAGCAAACCUGACCGACCCACCGUCUAUUAAGGCAACUAAGGACAUUGAAGUAAAUCAUAACCAUUCACAUGGCCAUAGUCAUAUGCCGAUCAACGGCGCUGAUAAUGUCACAUCUGCCUUACGUGGACUUCUGAUCGUGCUCGCUCUAUCCAUUCAUGAGCUUUUCGAAGGACUCGCAGUAGGCUUGGAAUCUUGUACUUCUAGCGUGUGGUAUAUGCUGGGUGCUAUAUCUGCGCAUAAGUUAGUCAUUGCUUUCUGUAUCGGCGUGGAGCUUAUUGCAACCCGGACCAAAACCUAUCUAUCAAUUAUCUACAUAACUACCUUCGCUAUCGUAUCUCCUCUCGGUAUUGGAAUCGGGAUAUUGUUGGUUGGAGGCGAAGGCGCUACUGCAGCGGGGGCAUAUUCUGUGGUCUUGCAGGGGUUGGCAUCUGGAACACUCCUGUAUGUCAUAUUCUUUGAAAUCUGGAAGAGUGAUAGAUCUGGUAUCUUGCAGUAUCUGGCUGCGCUCGUUGGCUUUGGCCUUAUGUUUGGAUUACAGUUAUUAACGGGCCACUCACACAGUCACUCCCAUGGUCACUCGCACGGCGCUUCCAAUGAUCAAAGCGUUGUUCAUGAUCAUGGUCACUCACACGACUAGAGCUUAGAGUAGGUAGCCACACUAUUUUGGAGAUAUUUUGCUCCAAUGUUGCCAUGUAUAAAUUGUAUAGACAUAGAACAAUGCAACAUUGAUAUUCGGUGACUAGGUAGAUAAUUUUGUAAACCUAGAACAGGUAUAUUUGUAAAAUAAAACGUUUGUUUAAAACAAAUAAUAUUGUAAUACCUAUACUUUAGCAAAAAUGUUGUCACUGUAAUUAUUUAUGAUCAAUUUAUAUCAUUUGCGCUUUAUGGCUGUUAAAAGUUUUUAUUAACUUGUAAAUCGUACAGUUUUUUAUUUAUUUAAUUUUUAAUUGACUUGGCGACUCGGGUAGCAAUGCAGGAAAAAGCAAUGUGUUGUUAAUCAUUUUUGCAUGUUUUUACCCCUAGGUAUUCGAGAAGGCUGUCUAGUCAAUAAAAUAGUUUGUAGUUAAAUUAUGCAACUAGGUACAAAUAGACAAUAACUUUUUAUACCUAUUUUUACUCAUUAUAUUUUAUAGACAUUAUAUUUUCGUUUCAUAUAAAAUUUAAAAGGAAAGUAUUAUAUACCCAAGUGUAAUGACUAAUGAAGUUAAUUUCAGAGAAUAAAAAGAUUGAAUAUGUAUAAUAUAGUAGGUACUAUAUAACGACAAUGGCUAGUUUUUGCGUGCUAAUGUCAUUUUAAUUAAUGUGCAUUACCUACUGUCCAAAGCAGUGGUGGCUCAGUGGUGAGAACCUCGGACUUCAAAAUCGAUAAGUCGGGGUUCGAGACCGGGCGAGC